AUGGCGUCUGUAGAGUCUCCUCCUCCGUCUACAGUCGCAUUUCCGGCUCCUGUGCGCUCACCGACCAAGGAGAAUGGGGUUGCCGGCCAUCCCUAUCCCAUCAAGACGACCUCCACGGCCGUUCUCAGCCGUUCCAACAGUCUUCAGGGCCACAAGACACCUCCUGUACUUUAUACAUCUUCUCCAAAUGCGAAGCCACUUGGCAGAUCGCAGAGCAGAGGCCACAAGCACUCACGGAGCCUCUCGAAUGCGAGCAACCCACCUACGCCGCUGCCUCUACCGCCAAUUCAGAGACGCGCAAGUCAAGGAUCUGCGUCCGGGGACUACCAACCGCCUCCAACGCCCACAGAAGGCGCUAUCGCAGAGUUGCCUGACAAUCCAAAGCAUUGGACUCCAUCUCAGCUCGCACUCUACCUCUCUUCCGCUCUCCGUCUCAAAGGCGGUGGCGCGAUUCCGGCACCAGUCGCAAAGGACAUGGCUUUGUUUGCCCUUCGACAGAGGCUCACGGGUCGGAUAUUCCUGCGUUUGAGCGAAGGAGACCUUGCUUCAAUGGGUGUUAACCAACUGUGGCGCGAGUCCCUUCUCGCUGCAUCUCGUACUCUUCGUAAAAAGGUUCUCAAGGGUCGCAUCUGGGGCUUUGGCUCGCAUAGUACAGAAGGAGAGAGCGAUGCACCGGUCAAGCCGUCGAAGCGAAGAAUUCCUAGCACCGUGGAAGAAGCUCACGAGGAAACCAUUCCGAGCCCUCCUCCAUCGGCGGGACGGGUACGUGGAAUGGUGAAGACGCUCGAGCGUCGGUCGAGUUCUGCUGGAUCCGGGAGCCCGCCAGUCGAACAAAUUGGAGACAUUUCCAUGAGCGACUCAAAGCUGGAAAGUGAGCUCAAGGCCGCUGGUCUUUGGAUCAAUGACGACGCCGAGGAAGACCUUGAUCAGAGUGGCGACAUUUCCUCCUCGUCAGCUUCAGACAAUGAAACGGCGGAUGACUAUCUUCAUUCACGAAAUUCGUCCUCCGAGUCUCAACCUCCUGCAUAUUCUCGCGAGAGAAUCAUUGACGCAAGGAUGGUGGACGAGCCCAGCAUGGAGGACCUCCUCUCUCAGGAGGAAACAUCUUUUAGCCUCGACUCUACUCGUGGCAAGUCGAAUGGUAGUCUGGGACGAGGCGACAGCUUGAAUGAGGCACCGUCGUGGGGCGCAAUGAUGUGGGAGAAGGACGCCGACAUGGCGGGUGGGACAGCAAAGAAGAUCCCAGAUAUUCCAGUCACAAAGCGCUAUCAACCAACCCCCAAAUUUAUUCGACCAGGGGUUAUCAACGGCGGAGAGUUACCCAAUAUCCAUAACUUGUUUGACCAUGCCGCGCCGCGCCCAGAAGACUCCAUGACGACAAAUGGUACCAAAGGAGCCUCAAACGAUGUUCAGAAGGAACUCGAAGCUGCACACUUGCUCAUCGAGGACUACAAAUUGCGUCUAGCGGAGAUGGAAGCCAAGGUCAUCGAGCUUGAGAAGCGCGAUGAGCGACGCGAAAAGGAAUUGACGGUCCUGCGCGAGCGUGAGAAUAGGUUGGUCGAGCUCGAAAGGGAACGGCGCGAGAAUGAGGGUAGGUCACGAAUAGAUCUCUCACCCGUUGUCGACCCGUAUUUGGGACGUGAUGAAGAUGGAGAAGACAAGAUUGACAUCCCCUGGCCACGUCCAACGCGAAAGGAACCUGACCCCAUCGUCAACUCCAAACCGGACAGUGUUCCCUCUGCGGUUGUGACGACAGAUCGAGAGGAGGAUGGAGCGCAACCAGAACAUGACGACCCUCCCCUUGUGGAGACACCAUCGGACCCUUUGCUCGGUGAACUCCCCUCUUACGUACUUUUGGUCGGCGUUGGAGUCUGCGCUGUCGUCUUACGCGUGCUUUUUCGGCGGAUUGGGGGUGACAGGCGCGGUUAA